AUGACUGCUUGCAGCUAUGGUGGCCCCAUUCGAAGAUCCCAUCUAAGCCAGUUUGCAAGCAUGGCUCGGCAACUGCUCCGCGAUGACGGCACUUCCACUGGCACUGACAGUAGCAGUGAAGAUGAGCCGGUGCGGGCCGAUGAGAAUUGUUGCCCACUGCACGUCAUGGAGGUGCGCGUCAAUGUCGACAAGUUGACGCAGAUCAAACAGCUUGAGGAAAGCUUCCAGGCUCGUUUAUUCUUUCAAGCUCGGCGAAAGCUUGACAAAAAUGCGCUAUCGGAGGAUCCAAACAAAGAGAGGGAAAAGAUGGAGAAGUGCUGCAAGUUCCUUCAGAAGCACGUCGUGCCAGACCCGGCGAACAUCGAAAUAAAGCUUGGUCAAACCAAGACCGACGUGCACCUAGAAGACAUCCAAGAAAGUGCUGACGAGGUUUUGCAGAAGGUGCGGGACCAGUAUCUCGACAAAGAUAUGAAGCGAGGUCGCUGCAAAUUGUCAGUUGAGAAUUUACGGAACGAGCUGUCAAGAGAUGAUUGUCCUUCGCUGGUUCUCAAAGCAACAUCCGGCGGUGAAGUUGAAGAGGUGCAGCUUUCGUGGGUGAUUUCCGGUGAGUUCGGCGAAAAGUUCGAGCUGCAAGAAUUCCCCUUCGACAGUCAGGAGCUGUCGGUGACCCUUUGCCUUGGUGUGCAAUGUGAGCGCAAAGAAAAAGAAGCACUACAAGAACAGCUUCGCUUCAUCCGUUCUCGCGACGAACAAUUCCAGUCACGAGUCAACCUGUGUGUCUUCAGCCUGGGUAACUCGUGGACCAAGCCUAAGAAGGUGGUCGUGAAGACUUCCUGGACCCGAGCAAAGCAGAGUGCUCAGGGGCACCGCUUUCCGAUUGUAAAGAUCAGCGUCUUCGUGCAGCGCAAAUAUCAGUUCUACAUGUGGAACAUAAUAUUUCCGGUGUUUGCCAUUGCUUGGAUGAGUGCUUGUACCCUCAGCAUCAACAUUGACAAGGUCGCUGAUCGCCUGAGCUCUUCCUUGACGCUCGUGCUCACCGCCGUGGCGUACAAAUACAUUGCUGCACAGAUGGUGCCAACCAUCGGGUACAACACUUGGUUGGACCUAUACGUGCUGAUGUGCUUCGGCUUCCUGGUGGUCAUCGUCAUGGAGAAUUGCGCAGCUGAGACAUUUAUUAGGACAUCUGAGCGCGAACAAGCAAUUGGCUGGGUGGUUGGGCUGCUCUUUGUCGCACUCAACUCUUACUUCGCUCUGUGGGCAAGGUGGUUGCGUGCUAAAGCCCGUCGUCGAGAAGAUGAUGAAGCCAAUGAAAACGAGCGUCGGGAGUGGUACCCCGAACUGCACGAUGAAGAUGAGAUGACGGAUUGUGAAGCUGUUUCCCACGCCGAGCAGCCCAAGGUCUUCGCGAUGUUCUUGGCGCUUUCCCGGCACCGGCCGUCGGCUACCCUUUCCCUGUCUCGCGGUGAGCAGCGGGCCAACCUCCAAGCACCAUGCUCAGCCCUGCUGGACCGCGCCGAACAAGCGACAUUAAAGAAGGCCUGGCGCACCUUCUGCAGGCCUUGGGCUGCUAUGGUGGGCCCGGGGCUGUCUGCCCAUCACCUGCUUGCCUUCACGAGGGCUAGGCAGGAGAUGGGCGGGUGGUCGUGCUGGGACAGCAAUAGAACCUUGUUCUACGCCAGCGCUGAGGCGGGGGCGGGUGAGGGAAGCAGAGACUGGUGGUGGGGUGAGGGAGAGUGGGGGCUCAUCGGUCCUCGGUACCUACGAAAACGGGUUAUGGGUGCUUUUGAAAUUGCUGGGGGCCAUGAGGGGUCAUGA